AUGCAGCGGCACCGGGAGUAUGGUCCGCUGGUGCAGGCGUAUACCUUGAUCAAGAGCUUCCUGGAUACACUGCCAGAUGACACCUAUUCCCGUAUAUAUUCACAUAUGACCGCGCACGAGCAAACCCCAUCGAUCGAUCCCCACCAACCCUUCCAUCACAGCCACAACCACAAAACAAGCAAGGACGUACUCCUCCGCCUCCCCCGGCCCCAUCUCCAAAGUAGCGGUGAGCGUCACGGGCCGCGCGCCACCUUCUCCAUGUACACUGUGCUGGCUCAGCACCGCAUCCCCGCUCGCACGUGA